AUGGAAGCGACGGCGUCGACGUACCCGCCCCCGCCGCCCUACUACAAGCUCUACGCCGCGUACGACCCCCACACGCGCACCGGCGGCCCGCCCCCGCCUCCCGCCGUCACCGGCGAAUACGUGUCCUUCGGAGCGCCGUACAACACGGAGGAUCGGCUGCCGAGCCUGGAGGAGCAGGGCGUGCGGCAGCUGUUCCCGUCCAGCAAGAACAUCAACACACGCGCAGAGCUGAAAGCGUUGGGGCGGGAGCUGGGGCUGCUGGUACUGGAGCUGGCGGACGUGCUGGUGGAGCGGCCAUCACAGGCAGGGCGGUGUGUGGAGGACAUAUCGCUGCUCUUCACCAACCUGCACUUCCUCCUCAACUCGCUGCGCCCCCACCAGGCGAGGGCAACGCUGACACACAUUCUCAAGACACAGCUAGAGAUGCGCAAGCAGUCGCUGCAAGGCAUUAAGGAUGCCAUGCUGCACGGACUACUCUCUUUACUCCUUUGUGCAGCUUUGCAUGCCAUUGUCACAUUCAUCAUUGUCCAUCCACAUCCCUCUCUCCGUGCUGCGCCCAUCUCUCCUUCCUCCUCCUCCCUCACUGCACCGCCUGCCCCCUCUCUCUGCCCCACCUUCCUCCUCCUUACUCGCUCUGCCCCACCUCCAAUGAUGCAGGCAGCGAGCGGCAGUGUGGGAGGUGCUGAGGUUGGAGGAGGCCAGGCCACACGAGGGGGGAUCUUACAUCUCUCCUCGCUCUGCCCCCCCCCCCCCCCCCCUUACUUGUACUUCGUUGCUCGUCCUUGCUCUUCCUUCCUCUGCCUUGCAUGCAGGCAGCGAGCGGCGGUGUGGGAGGUGCUGAGGCUGGCAGUGGGAGAGGUGGAGGCCGCCACACGAGGGGAGGCUGGAGGAGGGGGCAGCAGCAAGGGCGGUGCAGACGGGGUGGAGGUGGAGGGAGGGGGAGGCGGCAAGCAAUGA